CCCCGCACCAAAAGAAGAGGUUCCCCGAACUGCCCACGUUCCCCAUUUCGGGUCACUUUAGACAUGAAUUACCUCUGAUGAGCUCGGCCACCGCCGUCGUUCCCCCUCAGAGACGAUGAAGAACUCUUUCGCCGAUGGAUACCGACGGGAUCAACGUACCAGAUCGCUCCCCCGAUGGAUCCACGGACGUGGCCACUCGGAUGAACUUUGACGGCGAGGCGAUCGAAGGCGCCGACAACCCCAAGAUUGUCGACUGGGAGGACCUGCAGCAGGAGCUUGCUCGCCUUUGGAGCCUCUCGUCGGCCCUUGGAAAGGCCAAGGAGAGGAAGGCGUCCCUCGCCCGGCGGCUGGAAUCGAUAAUCGAGGUGAGGAAAGAAUCAAUACGUCAACACAAUGAGCUAGAGGAAAUGAAACAGAAGUUGGAAGUUAAGAGGCUUGCAUUGUCAAGUUCUUCAAUGCACUUUAACAAGACAUCAGAAAAUGUUAAGAACCAAAAGGAUCAGCUUUCUGCUGCCAUCAGAAUGUUGCUGGUAGCUGGCAAGACCCUCGAUGCAGCCCACCAGCAACUGCAGGAAGCUAAUAGAUUGCUAUCUGGAGAAAGGGGUUAUGGUAAUCUGAAAAACCUGCAGAAGCUGCUACGGUUGAGGCAACAACAUAUGAUAAUUCAGGUUUCAACACUUUACCCAGUCAAGGGUAUGAACGAACAGGCAUUUGGGGAGACAAUUGAUUCACAUUCUGAUGGAUAUUCUACUGGAUCACCCUCACCAAAUGAGUCCAGACCUUCACACUCAUCAUCAUUGACAAUAUUAGGUCUCCAACUAACUAUACUUCCUUCAAAAAAGAAAUUUUUUGGUGACAAGAAGGAGGUCCAGAAGUCUGCAAAUGCUUUGGGUUAUGUUGCACAUGCAGUCUCACUUAUUUCAUCAUACCUUGAUGUGCCUCUUCGAUAUCCUUUGCGCUUGGGAGGCUCACGUUCAUACAUUCAUGAUUAUGCACCUUUAGUUGAGAUGACUUCGUCUGAUUUGGUGGCAAAUCUGGCAUCGACGAGCAUGACUGCCAAGCCCACAGAAUUUCCGCUUUUUCUAGAGGGCCAAUAUACCACAAGAGCAACGUAUGCAAUAUUUUUGCUGAACAAGGAUUUGGAGCAGCUUUUGAAUUAUAUUGGUGUUCAGAGUUUGGGGCCACGUCAUGUGUUAGCCAAUUUGAAGGAGCUUAUGCGUAUCAUCCAAUCGGAGGAGUACAUUUGCUGGUGACAGAUUAUGUGCACCAAUUUGUGGGAUUACAUUGUUGUAAUGUUUUCGAAGCUACUUAUCUUCACUAAUAUAUUGGCAACAACUUUUGUGGCCGAGUCCACUGAAAGAAGACAUGGGAGUUUUAAGGUCACUCUCAUUCAAAAAGUUUAUAUAUAUAUAUAUAACUUUUGUAUGGGAACUCUUUGUGAAAUCAUUAUCUCAUAUUGAAUAACUUUUUUCAUUCUAUAAAA